GUUUGCCCAUUUUCUUCCAACUAUUUCUCCGUGUCCUCUGUUCCCCUCUCAGUCUUGUUUUCUGCUUAUCCAUGAUUAGGGUUUCAUUCCCUGCCGAUGUUGUUUUGCUCGAUGCAACUGUAGCUGUCACCGAAUUUUCACACAUUGUCAUUCUACUGGUGUUCACUGAGUAUGGACUCCCAAAACAGUCAACGUGAUAUGAGAUCCCCAUCUGCUGCCACUACAUCACCCGUUAGUUCAUGUCGGAAGAAGAAGUCUGAGGAUGCCACCUUCUUGGAAGAUGUAAAAGAUCAUAUUGAUGAUUUUAUCCAUGCUUCCAUGGAUGAACACAAAACUUGCUUUAAGAAAAGCAUUCAGAAGAUGUUUGGGAUGUCAAAGAUUGUUGCAGAAAGGAAUUCUGAACUUAAUGAAGUUGAAAGUGUUCUGCCCCUUCAAACAACAAUAUCCAAGUAAAAUGCCUUGCACCCUUCUGUCAUAGCUUCUAGCUGGAUCAAAGUAAUAGAACACUGCCUUUUUCCUUAAAUUGUUUAUAUUUUAUAUUCAACAAAUUUUUUUUCCUUAAUUGUUUCUAUUUAUGGCACGAAUCAUAUUCUAUGCUUCCAUUUAGCGCGAUUCACAAUGGAGCUAUAUGCAUAUUAAAUAAGCUGGACUUGACCCCAAGGGUUUUCCCCUUUGGCAUACCAAAAUAAUUUCAAUUCACAAUGGGUAGAUGUGCAUAUAAUUCUGAAA